AUGCUUCCCACAAACGUCAUCACCCUCCUUCUGGCCGCCGCCUCUGCCGUCGACGCCGGGGCGCUGAUCCCCCGACAGGCCAAGACGCUCUCCCUCCGCGUCACUUCCUUCAACAUCCGGUAUGAUGCCGGGAAGACCAGGCGCGAGAAAGAUGAGAAGCCCUGGAGCGACCGCGAGCCGGUCCUGGUCAAGACCAUGGCCGACAUUGCCGCCAAGCCCGCCACCUCCGGCGCGCCCGCCAUCUUUGGGUUGCAGGAGGUGCUCAGCACCCAGCUGUCCGACAUCAAAAAGGGCAUGGGAGCCGACUGGGACCACGUCGGGGUUGGUCGCGAGGACGGCAAGUCUGAGGGAGAGUUCAGCCCCAUCGUCUACAACACAAAGGACUUGAAGGUGGUGACGAGCGCGACAAAGUGGCUCACCGAGACCCCCGACAAGCCCAGCAAGGCCGCCGGCGCGGGUAGCAGCCGAAUCGUGACCAUGGCCGUGUUUGAGCACAUCUCGACCAAGAAGCGCUUCCUGCACGCAAACACACACCUCGACAACGUGUCGCCCGAGGCCCGCAUCGCGGGGAUCAAGGUCGCCGUGGCCCAGAUCCAGGCCAUGCUCAAGGCCCAGGGCGAAGAUCUGCCCGUGUCGCUGACCGGAGACUUCAACGCCGUCGCCGGCUCAGACGCCCCCAAGGCCCUGGCCGACAUGAACUUCGUCAAGGACGUGCACGACGUCGCGACGGCGGCUCAGCGCAGCGGAGAGGAGCUCACCUACACUGCCUUUGAGCAGGGUAAGGGCCGGGGCAGGAUCGACUUUGUCUGGAUCGGUCCCAACUCCAACUCGCCCUACACGGUGCAGAAGUACGAGGUCCGCGCCAACUAUGUCGACAACCUCUUCAUGAGUGACCACCGGGCUGUGGUUGCGGAUAUCACAAUGAAAUGA